AUGUCCCCCAAACCCACCUGCGUGGUGACCAGCGAGCCGUCCUUCCCAACAGCUUCAGACGCUGACCCUGCCAACAACGCCGGCCUAUGCUCUUCCUGUGCCCAGUCCCCUCCCGGCAGCCCCAACCCAGCGCCUCCACCGGCUGGCGCCGAAAGCGAACUGCGGGGCCUUCCCAAGAAGGGCAGGGCGCGGCGCGGGGGGCGCAGUCGCCCCAAAAGCGAUGCAGCACUAAGCAGACAGCGGCGCAGCAGGCGCAUGAAAGCCAACGACCGAGAGCGCAACCGGAUGCACAACCUCAACUCCGCACUAGAUGCGCUGCGAGGCGUUCUGCCCACGUUCCCAGACGACGCCAAGCUCACCAAGAUUGAGACGCUGCGCUUUGCGCACAACUACAUCUGGGCGCUGACCGAGACGCUGCGCAUGGGGGAGCACGGCCUCCGGGGACUGGGGCUGGGCUUGGGGCUUGGCCUGGCUCCAACGCCUCUGCCCUCUGGGGAGCUUGGCAGCCCCCAUAGUACCUCCUCCUCCGCAGGGGAGUGGGGCUCGCUCUACUCUCCGGCCUCGCAGGCGGGCAGCCUGAGCCCCACCACCUCGCUGGAAGAGGCUCCACUCUUACACGCAUCCGGCUCCCCUGUCUGCCUGUCUUUCCCUGACUUUGUAUAAAGAGGUCCAGGAGAGUCUGAGAGGAGAGCGGGUUCUUAGAGCCAACCCACUUGCCCGCGCACAGGCGCACGCUUCUGAGCACUUACUCUGCAGCCUUUGGGCAGUAUUUCCAUUUCAGAUUCUUCUUCCGUCGUCCCCAGAUUCUCCCAGGUUUGGUGGACUGAAGCAUAAGUCUUCUCGAGUAAGCUAAGAGCCGGCAUGCCGGGAAGUGUCUGUAAUUUAGCCGUCAGGUCCCACCGAACUCCUACAAAGAGGAACAGAUUAAUAGUGCCAAAUUUAGUUUCUCGUUCUCUUGGCCACAUGGUCCUCUGCCUGACCUGCUCUCUGCUGCCUCCUGUCUCUCUCUGUCCAGCCUGGGCUGAGCCUUUUCUUCCCUCCCCUCGUUAUCUCCUUGUGUCUGUGUCUCUGCAAGUUUCAUCUCUGUCUCAAUUUCUUUCAAUGUCUCUCUUCCUGACUGCCUAGUUCUGCAUAUGCGUCCUUCCUCCGCUUGGGGCUGCUUUCUUUCCUACUUAAAGCGCCCGAAUCCCCCAACCUCCACAGCUCCGCGAUCACCAGCUCCUCUCUUAUUCAAUCGCGGGAGAAGACAGCCUUCUCCUCUAGCACUUUCCGGAGCUGCCGCUGGCGAUGGGAACAGUGGUGAGGUCUGUGUCCGAAGGAGCUCUGGGUCCAAAAGGCUGCACUUGCGGCCACGGUUCUGACUUAUCCUCUCCAGCCACCCGCUUCUGGGUGAUGGAGGUCCGAACCCCUGCUCUGGAACUGGAGCGGACAGUCGCUCUUCUUAAAAUCAGGUCGUGAUUUUUAUCUUUUGGAAUUAUUUUUUGGUACUC